AUGGCGACGCGAGGGCGACGAGCGCACGCCGCUGUUGCGCGCGGACGAUGGCGCGCGGGCGAGGGACGACGGGCGAGGGACGAGGAGGUGUGGUAUUUCGUCGCGACCCUGGCGGUGGCGGUGACGAUGCAAACGGUUUUAUACGGUGAAAAGCUGAGUGACAUCGGUAACGAGCUGAUACAGCGGCGCUAUGGGACCCCGAGCGCGCCGACGCCGGGCCUCGCCGAGCGUGCGCUCUCCGAGCGCGAGGUGACGACGAACUGGAUGCUUUCAAGCGCCAGAUACCGCAAGCAUGAGAUGUUGCGUCGCGUUCGAGUCAGUUCUCUCGGUCAAUCCGAAGGUUCGAUCGAGGUGAUUGGUGGCGACAACGCGAGCGCUGCUCCCGAGACGGUACAGACGACAUCCGACGUCGCGUACACCAUCACACACAGACUCCUCAACGCUGAUUUUGAAACAGUGUACAACGACUUCCUUGCCGCGAUUCCGUGUGCAAAAUCGUGUUCAAGGCCAGAAUCGUCGUUCAAGACGUUUUGCAACGAGACCGUGCGGGCACCGUCCGAGUCAAACUUUUUGACGUGCAUCUCACAAAAAUGUGGGUGCCGCGAAAGCUUCGAGAUACGUGAGGCGCUUUUUUACACGUGUGAGAUAUCGAAGGAGCAAACGCACUUCGAUGGCGUUGAUUUUGCGACUUUCGUGCGCGACGUCGUGUCGGACGCAGAGGAAGACUGCUCAAAAAGGAACAAUCUCAUGAUCUUUCAUAAAAAUACGUUUGACGUUGGCAAAAAGUGUGCGUUCGAAGAAAAGGACUGGCCUAAGCCCGAGCACUGCGCAUCGCAAGAACAAAUUACUGCAUCGUGUGAGUUUUCUUCAACAUCGUGCGGCGAAGACGCUGAACAAGUAAGUGGUUUCGCCCCUGGUGGCUUCCAUGAGCUCAACUGGCACUGCCCGGUUUUCAGGUGCACAGGUGAGAAUAAGUGCUCGUGGGACACUGAGUACUGUAAAAGUGAAAUACAAUACCUCGAGACCAAGUGCAAGCGAUCAACCACGUUGAAAGGCAAGUGUUCGUUCUGUGAACUCGGUUGGCAAUUGGACGAGACCUCGAACAAGUGUGUUGCGUGCGAACCAGGUUACAACAAAGAGGUGAAUGCCACCGGGACCUUUUGCGUGCUCGACGAGGACAACCUCAUCGAGAGCGUCAAGAAGGAUCUGGAAAAUGUCACGGCGUUGAUGGGAGACGAUCUCGAGAAUCUCGGUCUUUACAUUCGCCAGAAUGCCAAGCUCGGCGCAUUUUGGGACGACUUGAAACGAGAGCUCAACAACCUCACGAGCCAAGUGCAAAACAUCAUCAACAAGAUAAUCAGGCUGAAAGACGACGUUGCAAAUUUAAUCAGAGACAUCGGUAAGGCGAUAGUUGCUCUUGGCCAGGACCUUUGGGCGCUAGCUCAAAAGUGCGGCGCCGUCAUAUCGGACUUGCUCGCUAGCAUCAUCCCCGGUGUCGAUUCUCUUCUGAGCGGCGUCAAGGAUGCGCUGGUGUGUGAUUUGAGUGAAACAGCUCAGGCAAGACUCGGAGAAUCUCGCCUCGGUAAACUCGCUCCGCGACACGAUCAUGAAGUCGAGAGAAAGCUCGCAGAAAUAUUUUACGGUGAGGAGCUCGCCAAAGUCAUGGUGCCCGAACCGCCGGCGGCUGUUGGGGGAAACGAGUGUCCCGUCAUUCCAUGCUUGACUGCCGUGUGCGAAGAGAUUCGGAUUGAGCACACGAUUGAUGAAAGCACGAACGGAUUUAGCUCUCCGUUUCCGAAGAAAGGCUCUAAGAUGGAGCGUCGUUUGACCAAAAUCACAAAGCAGGUCAAAGCUAGCAUUAAAGUUAAUGUCAAGGGUGGCAUGAAGACGUGUGCUGGUCUUACUGACUUCGGUAUUUCCUUUGGUUUUGCGAAGGCGAUCGCUGAUGCUUUCGUGAAUGUCAUCAAGCCAGCUUUUGAUGCCUCUGUGAGAACUCUGACGGACUGGACGAACAGAUUGACGGACGGGAUUAAGGCUGCCAAAGACUGGGUCGCUGGCGCGUUCAACACCGUCGACCGAACUGUUAAGAGCAUCCCUGGUUUCGGACGUCGUCGACUCCUGAAGUCUGGAACACGCGAAGACGUGCCCUACUGGGAUGAAGAGCUCGAGCGCGCGGCAACUUUUGGUCGACUUGAAAAUGUGUAUUUGGCCGAGGUGCGAGAGCUCGAGCGAAGUACCAGGAAACAAUUGGAAAUAAUCAAAGCGAUGCACAGUGGAGAAGAUCUGUUUCUCGCCGCACAGCGUCACCACGCAGCGCAGCAAACAUCCGCUGAGCUCGGCGGUAUUUUGGAUGGCGACAAGCUCAUUGGUGCGAUGACGGAUGCCUUUCAACUGGGCAUGAAAUCCAUAUCUUUCAACUUACGCUUCAAAGUUGACAUGGAUGCGUCGGUAGAGAUCGACGCAACGGCAGACUUGUACAGGACCGGAGAUCUGAGUCAAGGCAAAUUCGUGAAAUCGUUCCGGAAGUUCAAAAUGCUUAAAUUUGGCUUCUACAUCAUCGUCGAGGGAGCCCUCAAAUUGACGCUCCCUUACUACUUUAUGGCGAACGGUCAGGGUCACUUCGAAUACAAGCUCGUGUCAGACGGACUGUUCGUCGAUCUCGGGCUCAGUGACGGAGAGCCUAUGCUCACGCUGCCGACUAGUCCGAAGGUGAAACUGGAACAGCAGACUACCGCGCAGAUGUCCUCGUCCAUGAAAUUGGGCGUCAUGGCCGAGCUCGAAGAUUUCUCCAUCCAGCUCUGUUGGGCUGGACUCGUGUGUACUGGCCCCAUAAUUAAAGCUGGACAGCCCGUGUACGCGGGUGCAGAUGUGUACGCCGCGGCUCACAGUGGUCACAAUAAUUGCUUCAACGGUAGAUCUGGACUCGAGGCGGUUUUCGCCGACCGCUUUGCUGGAUACAACGAUGACAAGUGCCGACUCCGAAAAGAUGGUGCCGUCGCCGGCGCUGGUUGGUAUUCCGAGUUUCCCGGUAUCUCGUUCGACUUGGAUCUCGUCACGACCACUAAUCUCGGUUCCAAGUGCGAGCUCAAACUCGACCUUUACGAGGCGCCCAAGUUUGAUUACACCGCGCCGAUUUCGCACCACGCGUGCACAUCUAGUGGAGGUGAGUUCGUCUCCACGCAAACGUGCGACACAACCGCCAGCGCGGUGGACGCGGACUCGUGUCCAUCCGGCUGGUUCAAGUCGGGAGACAAGUGUUACGAAGCGUGCUACAACACAAAGACGCAGUGCGGCAACAGCGUCGGUCGAAACGACGUCUACUGCGUCUACAAAUCUCCCGUGUGCGCUCGAACCGACUGCGACGGAAAGGGUGGUAACAAGCCCAACGCGCCGAGCUGUUGA